AUGGCCACUGCUGCAGUAAUUGGACUGAAUGCGGGGAAGAGGCUCUUGAGUUCCUCCUUCUAUUAUUCCGAUCUUACAGAAAAGCUGUCCUCCAGCUGCGACCAUUCACUGUCACACCAUCAGGUUGCUUCAACGAAGAAUGUGAUCACUGCAAAGAAGUCAUCACAUUAUACCCCUAGUUUUCUCUCCAAUCGACAUAAACAAUCCAUCAAGGCUCUAAAAGAACAUGUAGAUACUGCUUCUGAUCCUCCAAAUGUAGAGGCACAUCUUCAGAGAUUCAACCAUGUGGAGGAAGAAAGUCCUGAUCCAGAACUUUCUUUGGAGGCUCUCCUCUUGUUACAGAAGUCAAUGCUUGAAAAGCAGUGGAAUCUGUCGACUGAGCAGGCAAUAGUAACUUCGACAUUAAGAGAAAAAACUCACAAGAAGAUGCAGGUCACUUGUUCUGGGAUCUCUGCUAGGAGGCGGAGAAUAGAUUCUCGGAGAAAAAUUCUGAGCCAAAAAACUUCUACUAUGCAACUCAGUACAAGUAGACAGCUCAGGUCCAUUAUCAGCCCAGAGCUCCUUCAGAAUCAUUUGAAAGGUUAUGUGAAGGGUGUAAUAAGUGAAGAAUUGCUCACCCAUGCUGAAGUAGUGCAACUAUCCAAAAAAAUUAAAACUGGUCUUGUCUUAGACGAGCAGAAAUCAAGAUUGAAAGGAAGAUUAGGAUGUGAACCUUCAGAGGAGCAACUAGCAAGAUCCUUGAGAAUGUCUCGUGCUGAUUUACAAACAACUCUGAUUGAGUGCUCUUUGGCAAGAGAAAAGCUGGCUAUGAGCAAUGUUCGUCUAGUCAUGUCUAUUGCACAAAGAUAUGAUAACAUGGGUGCUGAAAUGGCUGACCUUGUUCAAGGCGGCCUGAUUGGACUACUCCGGGGGAUUGAAAAAUUUGAUUCUUCAAAGGGGUUCAAAAUUUCCACUUAUGUUUAUUGGUGGAUACGUCAGGGUGUUUCGAGAGCAUUAGUUGAUAAUUCGAGAACCUUAAGAUUGCCAAACCAUUUGCAUGAAAGGCUGAGUUUAAUUCGGAAUGCAAAGUCCAAACUGGAAGAGAAAGGAAUAAUGCCCUCGAUUGAUAGAAUAGCAGAAUGUCUAAACAUGUCACAAAAGAAAGUUAGGAAUGCCACCGAGGCAAUCAGCAAGGUCUUCUCCCUUGAUAGGGAAGCAUUCCCUUCAUUAAAUGGUCUUCCAGGAGAAACACUUCAUAGUUAUAUUGCAGAUAAUCGUCUCGAAAACAACCCAUGGCAUGGAGUUGAUGAAUGGGCACUCAAGGAUGAAGUGAACAAGCUCAUUAGUACGACACUAAGGGAACGGGAGAGAGAUAUUAUUCGUCUCUACUAUGGUCUGGACAAUGAAUGUCUUACUUGGGAGGAUAUCAGUAGACGGAUAGGUUUGUCCAGAGAAAGAGUUAGGCAGGUUGGCCUUGUUGCAUUGGAGAAACUAAAACAUGCUGCUAGAAAAAGAAGACUAGAGGCUAUGCUGGUGAAACAUUAA